UAGUGAUUGAUUAAUUGCUUAAUACUCUUCAUCUGUCUCGUUAUACCUCUAUUAACCGGCAAUUCGAUUAAUAAUAGUUUUUUAUUAUUUCUAUGUGCCUAAUUAGAAAGAUACUUAUUUUAAUAUUGCUAACGAAUAUAAUAUUUUUAUAAACUAUUUUCUGACAGCAGUAGGCUGAGAGAAAUUUUACGUUAGGUGCUCAUAAAGUAUUUUGUAUUGAUUUGUCUUCCAACAAUUUGCAAGUAAUAAAAUUAAAACUUUGCCUACGAAUCAAACUAUACACACUUAAUUCAGUACCACAGUGACGGUUUAGGUUGCGAUAAAGAUGUAUUUUUCCCUGUAUUGUAUUUUAUUAACAGUACUAAAUAUUGUGGCUUCAUCAAGAGUUUUAGAAUUAAGUGACAAAUUUAUUGAUAUCAGUAGUGAUGGCAUGUGGUUUGUGAAGUUCUAUGCGCCAUGGUGCGCUCAUUGUCGCCGUUUGGAACCGAUCUGGGCACAUGUAGCCCAAACUCUCUACAAUUCACCAAUAAGAGUAGCAAAAGUUGACUGCACACGGUUCCCAGCAGUAGCUACUCAUUUUAAAGUACGAGCUUAUCCUACUAUAAUGUUCAUAAAGGGUUCAUUUUAUCAUGAAUACAAUGGUGAGAGAUUGAAAGAAGAAAUGGUAAAUUAUGCAUUGCGAAUGUCUCAACCAGCUAUCCAAAAAGUGUCACAUGCAGAUAGCAUAGGAUAUUUAAAAGAAGCUCAUCCUGUGUUCUUUGGAUAUAUUGGAAAACAGCAAGGACCUUUGUGGGAAAUGUACACAUUACAUGCAGAAAAGUAUCAACCACACACAUGGUUUUAUUCCAUGUCACAUGAAAUGGUAAUGAAUGAAUUUAAACCUCCCAAUGAGACAGCACUUUUUGUCUACAAAGAAGAUGACAUAUUUUUCUUUGAAGCAAGUUCAGCUGUAUUUGAAGACAAAGAAGCUUUGAAUGUUAGUCUAGACAAAUGGAUUAACUCGGAACGAUUUGGCUUUUUUCCGAAGAUCACCAGAUCUAAUAUAAAUGACUUAAUGGACACAGAAAAAUAUAUAGUUAUUGCUGUUGUUUCUGAAAACAAACUUAGUGAAAUUACACAAACAGAAAGGGACUUUAAAGAUAUGAUUGAGGGGAUCAUCAAGAAAAGGAAACGGGAGCUUCAUCAUCGAUUCCAAUUUGGUUGGAUGGGUAAUCCAGAACUGGCAAAUUCUAUAGUAAUGUCAGAAUUGACAGUACCACAUCUCAUAGUACUAAAUUCUACUACUAGCCAUCAUCACAUCCCUGACGAUGACCCAGUAUUAAUGACGCCAGAGGCCGUUUCAAUUUUUCUUGAUCAAAUACAUGAUCAAAUAGCACCAGCAUACGGUGGCAACAGUUGGCCAGUUCGGUUAUACAGAGGGUUUUUUGAGGCCAGAACAACUCUAACAAAUAUGUGGCGUGGUAAUCCAGUAUUAACAGCUUUGGUUUUUGGAUUACCACUUGGUUUUCUAUCUCUUAUCUGCUAUUCAGUUUGUUGUGCUGACAUACUUGACGCCGACGAGGAAGAAUCAUCAGAUACACACGAAAAGAAAGACUAAGUAUGGGCUACUAAAAGAAAGGAUAAUAGUAAAAAAACAAGUCAAGUUAUACAUGGAUUUUUUAUUCUAGUCGGUUAAUGUGAGUAUAGCAUUAAAUAUAUUUCUAUACUCUGAUUUGAGUGGCAGGUUAAAAAAAACUAUGGAACACAUUACGAAAAAGUUUACGAAUUUAACAAAAUACAAAGAAGUAUUACGAUUAUUAGAUUGAAUUUGAUUCAAAAAAUUUGAAUUGUUUACAGUAAAAACUGCUGAAAUGUCAAUGCCACUAGCACAAUUGCUAAAUCAUGAACAAUAUUUGUCAAUGAAUUUCACAAGCCAACGAACGUAGAAUGGUAUCACCAGUAAAAUGAGUAAUUAGCAUUAAUUUAUUAUGUUUUUCUGAGUGAAAUAUUGUCACUUUUAUUUUUAAGGAAACCUAUUCUAUGAAGUUAUGUAAUCUUGAUUUUACAAAUUAUGUUAAUUUGGACUACCUUGCGAACGAACUCACGGGUACUGCUUCUCAUAAAAAAAUAUGUAUAUUAAUUGGCACAAUCAUAUAUAUGCGUUUGGUUAUAUGAUUUACAUCAGGUCUCAUACCGUGUGUCCAAAAUAAAUAGUAGCCUUCUUUUUUAUUAAGACAUGUCCAUCUCAGACCAUUUGUUUUAAGUGUUGUGCCCCACUUCUGUACUUUUCGACGGUAGUAUGCAUUUCUCGCAAAAGAGAAUGCAAGUCUGUACUUGCAUUUGCUUUUUAUAACAUUGUAUAUAUUGACUGGGCCCAAAUUUAUUACAGUCCAGAAACUUUUCUUGUUAUUGUAUUAUAUAUUAAAGAGUUUUCGAAUGUGGAAAGAAUUUGACUGCCAAUACAAAUAUUCUAUACUAUCUAUCUUUACGCUAAGACCCUUACAGGUUUAGGAGGACAAACUAACUGGCAAAGGCAUACCCUAGAGGGAGACUUUGUACAAAAGUCGAUUGCUUGGGUACCUCUGUCCCAUUCGUGUUUCUACCGUGAAGCAGUUGUGUUUGCAUAGCUGUGUACAUGAAUUUACAGGGUACAGAGAAAUAACACCUGAGUCCUCAGGAAUGGCAACGCUUGGGGGGUAUCAUGGGCGAAACAGUAUACUCUGUUAUGUCCAUGGCACUGUUCAUGUCUAUAGGUGACGGUUACCACUUUCCAUCAGGUAGGCCAUCAGCUUGUUUGACAUUCUAAGUUGUAUAAAAAAAAAGCAAACCUUUACAUCCCUUGUUUUAUGCACUUUUAGAUUCAUGCAUGCACAUCGGUUCCAGAGAUGAAACUCCUCCCUCUCUCCUAUAAUAGUGAUCAUAUAUAUUUUCAAAAUGGGCCAUGUCAGUAGAAUAACAUGUUAGGUACUGCAUUGAAGACUUAUUUCUAUUCAUCAUAAUUAUAUCUUGGACUUUUCAAAACAUUUCUAGGUUUUAAUUUGUUUAUAAUGAACUUACAUCACUAUUGAAAUUAUGAUGUUUGUAAUUUCAUAAUCAUUCAUCAUUUAAUAUUGUAAACUAGUAAAUAACCAUGAAUAAGUUUAAAACAUUUUAAUAAUUAUUUAAUGUAAUAAUUAUUUAACAAAAUAUUAUUUGUAAUUUAAAUUGGCAGAAAAAUGUUCUUUAUUUUUUUUAAUUUUACUAUCAUUUUCUAUUUUCCUAAUUGUUGUAUGAAGAUAUAUAUAGAAAAAAAACUAUGUAUUAAAAACAUGUUUUAUAUUAAAAUAAGUUAUCCAUCUUUAAAAAAAAAUUUAAAUAGUGGACCUUACAAAUCAUAUAAAAUCAUUACAUAACUUGUGAACAAGGAUUCGUUUGCACAGAUGUAAUUAAUAAGUUUUAAAACUGAUCACCAAUAAUUAGAACUGGGUAGAAGUGACAUCAUUGCAUUUCUAUUUACUUCUGUUUAUCAGCUUCAUCAUUCAAGACAUGUAAGUUUUGUAAUCAAGACAAGAAACUGCAGUUAAAGCUGGUAUGUCGCUGUCUUGUAUAAUUGUGUCAUCGCUGCAUUGUUUCGUAAUUAUAUAAUAGAUUGAAACGGUUUGUUAAUUGGAUUAUAACAAAAAUCGCAUUAUCAGGUGCUUAACUACAAAGUGGCAAUAGAAAGAAAUACAAAUAUUAUAUAAAUUACUAUACAGAAAUGUAUAGAAAAGUUAAAAUGUACUGCAUCAAGUUAUCCAUAUAAUAUUUUAUAAUUUUAAUGCUGUUUAAAUACAUAAAGAUGAAAUCAUAUUAAGGUGGGUAGAAAAAAAGUAACAGUACUCCUGUUUUUUAUACUGACUUAAAAGUAGCAUAUUAUUGUCGUAAGAAUUAAUACUAAUUCAUAGUAUAUUUGAUUUUUAGCGCAUGUAAAUAUGUAAUGAAUAAUUUUUUACACUAAAUUAGUAUUAUAUAGAUUGUGAUAAAAGUGUACCACUUGGAUAUUUAAUAAUUUGCAUAGGUAACCUUGUCUCUAUCAGAUUGUUGGCAUAAUGUGUAUUGGUAAGAAAAUAGUAUGAUGCUGUGACUUAAGAUUUUGAAUAUCACGAUGUCAGUAAAGUGCAAAUUUGCUGACUUUUUUGUUUAGCAAGUGCUAAGGGAGGUAUCAUAAGAUGUGGUGGACAAGUAUCAUCAUUCGCGUUCCUUAUUAUAAGGUGGAUUGUAUACUUGAUUAUCAACAAAUGUUUAUGUUAAUAAAUAUGACUAUUUAUUACUAUGUGGUCUUCCAGUGAAAUUGAUAUAAAGAAUCAUGUCGUAAUUUAAAAAAAAAAAAGUUUGAAAGACCCAUACAAACACAAAGCGUUCAACAGUUAAGUUUAUAAAGAAGGCUUAAUAUUUAUUCUCAAUUUAAAUUUUUGUUUCACAAAAAGCAUACCGAAAGUAGAUUCUUACGUUUUAUGUACGGCUAACCUAUUCGGUAUUACACUGCAUUGUUGUUGUAUAAUGCAAAACAAUAUAUACGUUUCAAUUUGUGACAAUCCUCAAAAGCGUCCAGUAUCAUUUCUAGGCAGUUGUUAGCUAUUCUUAUUUAAUAAAGUCGAAAUUGAUUUAGCUAAUAGAUGUAAAUAUUUCAAUUUCAUCUUGUAGUCAUGGUGUGCAAUAGAGAGAUGAGACAAAACUAUUUGUCUAUUGUUUAUAAAGUUCGUGUUAAUAUUAAAAAAAAAAAAAAAAUAAAGACGAUUAUGGAAAGUGUAAUCUUGCUCACUACCAAAAAUGUGUGCUUGUUUAAUGUAAUUAUAAUUAGUAUAAUUCGGAAUCGACCAUCAUUUGUGGUCAUUAUUUGCCCGUCAAACUAAGUUCGACCGGGGGGAAAGGGAUUGUUAGUAAUGGGGUCAAAUAGCCCCAUUACUAAUAAUAUACCCUAUCAGGUCGACCUCCACGCAUGGUUCCCCCUGGAAACCAUCGUGGCUAAUUCUAGUAGAAUUUGUCAAGAUGGGCUAACUGACCUGCUUUCUUUCAUCCUCAUUAGUCAUCUAUCACUGGUGCCCCGCCAUUGUACUCGUAUACUGAUAGCGCAGACGGGGUUACCAUACCAUUAUCACCCAUUAAAAAAAACUAAGUUCGACCUACACUUAAUUUUUUUUAAUGAUGUAAAUAUCACAGUGCAUUCACAUUCACAUUAUUGUCUCCUUGAUUUAUCCUUGUAUCCUUAUAAUUUAUAUUUAUUAAUUUGAAUAGACAUUACUGUAACAGUACACAGUUUAGAAAAAAAUGGUUAUCAAAACUAUUUUCAAUUUUUUGUUCUAAUAAACAUAAAAUUAGACCAGUUGUUUGAAUAUAAUUUUCAUCUUCAGUACGAGCUUCUAUAUGACGCUGGCAAAAAUGGCCGUAAAAAUAACAACCUAUUGCCAUUUGAGCGAAGAAGAAGCGAGCCUUUAUGCGUGUUCAAGCACUGCUUUUAGCAUAGUUUCUAUACCUUCGCAGAUCUUCAGCAUACACCUUAGUUCAUAAUGAUAAUAACAGAGCUGUAUGUUACAAAGCGUUUUCUUGUAAGUGCAGAGGUUGACCCAGAAGCUACGUCCAAUAUAAAUAUAUAUAUAUAUACGACACCUAAAAAUACACCAAAGUAGAACAAAUGUUUGAAGUACAGAAAAUUAAUUUAGACAUAUUGCACAGCAGCAUCUAUUGCUAAUUAUACAUACAGAACGCUCAGAUAAUCAAACAAUCUUAAAGGGUGCAUUGAAUCCGCAACUAUAAGGAACGUGAGUCGGUGUUAUACCGUAAAAAUAAAAGGACUAGGUAGAAGAGACACUCUCGCCCAUUCAGUAAUAAUACCGCCUUCAUUAAUCGAGCUGUAGGCAAAAAUUGAGUUCCUUUUAUCAGUUUGAUCGUGCAUUUAAUCGUAAGCUACAAGAUGGUGCUUUAGAUUGUUUAUUUUAUCGACUUAAUAGCAUACGUGAAAUUCACAAAAUUUAAUUUAAUGUUUUUAUAGUAAUUAUAAAUAUAUUUAUAGUAAUAAGUUUAUAUAUACACUGAUUUUUUCGCUUUUCCAUAUGAUAACAGAUUGUUUAGUAUUUAUGUAUGACAAAGUUAUUAAAUGAGUGUAAAUUCGUGACAAUCUUAUUUAAGUGAGAGGAAGUGGGGUACAUUUUUUGGCAUUGGUGCCAUCACAAAUGAAAGUAAAUGAAUGUUACUUCUACCUAGAUUGUUUAUUCUUAUGGUUAGACCAUUUUACACUAAGGUCAUCAAUUACCAGUUUUAUGUUUUCCGAGCUAAGCUCUGUACUAAGUUUGCUACAGUAAAUGAGGGCUUUAUAAUACAGUAUUUUUAUUAUGUUUAUAUGCAUAAGCAUGUUCCUAUGUUUUUUAAGAUAUAAAUAAUGUGUAUAAAUAUAAUUAAGUUAUAAAGUUAAAUGUGAGCUAGUGUGGUUUUCAAUAAAAAGUAUUAUAUUAAAAGUA